AUGGACACCUGUGCCUCUGCCAAGGUACCUAUGGGAUUCGGUCACAAGAUUUUUGCUAACCCUUCGGGAGGUGCACUCGAUGAAAAGAAGUACAAUGGAAUGAUUGGAUCUUUACUUUAUAUCACAGCUAGUCGUCCGGACAUCAUGUUCUCCACAUGUUUUUGUGCCAGAUUUCAGGUCAACCCGAAGAUGUCUCAUCUUUUGGCAGCCAAACAAAUUUUUAGGUACCUUAAAGGUACUAAGAACUUCGAAAUCCGGUACCCAGCAAAUGAGAUUUUCCUAUUAAAAGCUUACUCAGAUUCAAACUAUGGUGGACUACAACUAGAUAGAAAAAGCAAAUCAGGUAGAUGCCAAUUAUUAGGUGGUCGAUUGGUGAGUUGGUCAUCCAAGAAACAGAACUGCAUUGCUCUCUCUACAGACAAAGCCAAAUAUAUUGCUGCUUCCAGCUGUACCUCUCAAGUUCUAUGGAUGAAGUCUCAACUCUUGGAUUAUGGUUACCGCUUUCAACGCAUUCCCAUCUAUUUUGAUUCUCAAAGUGCUAUUGCAAUUUCACACAAUCCAAUUCAGUACUCCAUGACGAAGCACAUCGACAUAUGGUACCAUUUCAUAAAAGACCAUGUUUUGAAUGGGAACAUUGAACUCAUUUUUGUUCCAUCUAACGAUGAGAUUGCUAAUGUCUUUACCAAGACAUUAGAUGAGACCAAAUUUAAUGGCUUUCUGAACAAGAUGGAACUUCACGUCGGAAUCUGA